AGCUUCCUCUCACGCACUCCGUUUUGUGGAUCUGAUCUCCUCUUGUCCCAAACUUUUGCUUCUUCGUUCGUCGCUCCAAAAGUUUCGAAACGGAGAGAAAGAGGCUUGAAAACUGAGCCGGCCGAUCGAGUAUUGUAGGGCGUCAAGAGAUCGAUUGAUCUGGGAGAGAGAGAAAAGGGUAAAGAAAUACUUGCUGGCUGCUGCUGGCCAUGGAAACUGGAUGCUUCUUCCAGAUGUGUUUUUCAAGAAGUUGUUGGUUCUCAACAGGAAACAAAAAGACAUGACAUGCUUGGAGUAAACAACAGAACAGGCGGAAAAGAGACGCUGCAGUCACAUAUACAGUUAGAAGCUCACAGAACAGUCAGCAAAGAUAGAUCACAAAAAGGUUCUCUGGACACCGCCAAACAAUGGCCCAUCAGCAGGAACACCAAAACCAUGGACAAGCCAGCACCAGUCCUUCUGCUGCCCGUGCCGAAACCGAGGCAGACAAGAAGGAACCGAGCUCCUCGUCGUCCAACUCAUCAGAAAACACAGAUGAGGACGAUUUCUUCCAGAUAGAGGGCCCAAUACUAGGCAGCACACUGUCAUUCGCUGACAACGCGGCGAUCUCAGACACUAGAAAGCAGAGCAGCUCAUCCUCCUCGCAUCCCUCAGGUUCAGGUCAUGCCGCCACCGACCCAAAGCAGUCGCCGCCGGUCCUGCAGGCCAUGUCCAGGGCGCCGGCGGACGAGUGUCCGGACCCCAAGAGGAUCCCGUCGUCCAUUUUCGCGAGGUCGAAAUCGAAAUCAUCGCCGGCAGACUGGAGCGUGACGUCGAAUGAGUCCCUCUUCAGCAUCAACGUCGGGAACGCGAGCUUCUCCAAGGACCACUUGUUCUUGUAUGGCACGUCAGGUGAGCUGGGGGGCAACCCCAGUGAGCCGCUGCCGCCGCUGCCGCCGUUGCCACGGCAGAGCCCUAGCUCUAGCCCCAUGAGAAGCGAGGUGGCAGCAGCGCCGACCAGUGCUGGAGUGAAGCCUGCUACUACCAGGGUUGGCGACGAUGGCGAUGGCAAUGCUGAUUACAACAACAGCUUGUCGCACCGGUCUGAUGCUAGCACGACAAGCUUCGCGUUCCCCAUAUUGGCAGGUGACGCGAGGUCUAGUGAGUCACUGAAAGACGGCCCUCCUGAGCUCGCCCGGCAAAGCACGUCGCAGCUACCACAGCAGGCAGAGCCUCUUGUUGAGCAGGAGGCACCGAAAGCUAAAGAUGGGGCGCUGGAAGCUGAGCAAGCCCCUGCCCCUGCCCCUGCCCCGGAACCAACACCGGCACCAGCACCGGAAUCGACACCACAACCACCAGCCGCGACAAAAUGGUUUCCUUGCUGUUCUUGUUGUCCGUUCUGUUGCUGAGGGAUGCUGCAGUAGCCUCUCUCCAUGGGGAUCUGUUGAGUUUCUGAAGUAGAAGAAGGCUGGAUGCAGCAAUAGGCUGAAGUCAACCAUCCAUGGGAUUUGCUAGCAACUUGGUUGGUUCUGAUCAGAAAAUUACUUGCUCUGAGUUGUGUAGAUUACAAUAAUGUAUGUAUAAUUAAUUUUAUUUUGUUAAAAUGUGACAGUAGCUACUAGCAAGAUAGAAUAUGGCGCCAUUGGCCACCUCCAAAGAGACUCUUAUAUUCUCCUUAAUUGAUAUGAAUAAGGAUUUUUAC